UGUCAUUAUUAUGUCUUUUGUUAUGCAUCUGUGUGUUGCUUUUGCAACCACAGUGUUAUAUACUCCCUCCGCCCUGAAUUACUUGUCGUCUAGAUCUAUUUUAGUUUUAGAUUCAUCCAUUUUCAUACAAUUCCGCGACAAGUAAUUCCGGACAGAGGGAGUAUAUGCGAUUUGCUCCAUGUGCCCUCGUGCGCUCCAUUUAUCUGAUCAACAUCUAUUACAGUACCAUUUAGUGUACAAUUGUUGCAUUUUAUUGUUGUGGACCUCAGUUUUCCAUUUCUUGGCCUCGAUGUGCCGUCUUGGAUGAAACGAACCAAAAAACCGAGUUCAUUUCAUUUUACAGAAGAAACGGAGGAACCCUAGAUAGGUAGCCAGGUGAUCACCAGUGUGUGAUGGUGAGUGAGGAGGGAUGAGUUGUUGCAGUUAGGCUGCUGUAUAGAUAGAUAGAUAGGUAGUAGAAGUCCAUGACUCGCCAUCACCCACCAAUCAAUCUCACUCCCUUCCUCCCAUCACUGACUUAAGUGUGUGUGUGUGUGUGGGCUUCUUCAUCUUUUUUUUCUCCCUUUCCCACGGCUCCAUCCAUUACUAUUCGUCACUGUCCUGGUUUUAUUGCUCUAGCAGUACAUAAACAUUGCAAAUAAUUUGUUGAUUUGCUCUCCUUCUGUGGCCUCUUGUUAAUCAUCCACCCAUCCAUCCAUCGCUGGGGUGCUUGUUUGCCAUGGCUCCUCAGCAGGAGGGCAGCAAGAUGGAGGAAGAGGAAGACGAGGAGGAGCACCGUCGUCAUCGUCAUGGCGAGCGGCCGCUGCUCUCGGCGUGCGCGCAGGAGGAGCAGGAGGAAGCCAGCAAGCCGUUGCCAUUGCCGGCGAAGAGGAGGAGGAGGAGGAGCCUGAGCAGGUCGUCAAGAUCAGGCGAGCAGGAGGACGGCGCCACCCGCUCCCUCUCCUUCUCCAGGCUCUUCAGCAGCUUCAGGAUGAUCGCCGCCGCCGCCGUGGACAUUGAUCAGGAUCAGCUAGCUGCUGCUGAAGACGGACGUGCAGCCCUCAACCCUCACCACCAUCAUCAUCACCAGCCGCCGUAUCCCAAGCCGGUGUGCCGGACGCAGUCGCUGCCGAUGACCAGCAUCUCCAGGAGGCUCCCUGCACCCCACGGCCACCACCGGAAGCGGGUGGCCGACUCGAGCUCCCUGCGCCGGUUCCGGGUCUCGUCGUCCUUGUCGUCGGCGCCGCCCGUGCCAUUGCCCGAGUCAGAAUCGUCACCACCCUCUUCGCCAUUACCAUCACCAUCAGAAGAGGAAGAAGGAGAGGAGGUGGGGGAGGAGGAGGCGGUGUGCCGGAUCUGCAUGGUGGCGCUGUGCGAGGAGGAGGACGAGGAAGAAGAAGGAGGAGGCGACGGCGACGGCGUGGUGCUGAAGCUCGAGUGCCGGUGCAAGGGCGAGCUGGCGCUGGCGCACCGGCGCUGCGCGCUCCGGUGGUUCGGCAUCAAGGGCAACGCCAACUGCGACGUCUGCGGCCACGACGUCCUCAACCUCCCCGUCACCCUCCGCCGCCUCCCCGUCCCUCCCCCACCACCACCUCCCACCGCCGGCAACAAUGGCGGCGCCAACCAAGAAGGAGAAGGAGGAGGAGAAAGGAGGGGGCUGAGAGGUGUGUGGAGGCACGGGACGGUGAUCCUGGUGGUGGUGAGCAUGCUGGCAUACUUCUGCUUCCUGGAGCAGCUGCUGGUGGGCGACCACGGCAGCAACGCCGCGGCGGCCCUCGCCGUCUCCGUGCCCUUCGCCGUCGUCCUCGGCACCUUCUCGGCGCUCACCACCGCCGGGAUGGUCUCCUCCAGGAGAUACGUGUGGGCAUACUCGGCGCUGCAGUUCCUGUUGGUCGUCCUCUUCACCCACCUCUUCUACCGCUACGUCAAGCUCCAGGCCGUCAUCGCCAUCAUCCUCUCCACCUUCGCAGGCUUCGGCGUCGCCAUCUGCACCAACGCCGUCCUCCUCCAGGCCAUCCGCUGGAAGGCCGCCGCCGACACCGCCCGCCGCCCCUCGCCGUCCGAGCCGGACCACCAUAUCCCUGAGCCAUAGCUACCACAUAUAUAUAUAUAUACUUUCUUACUGUAUAUAUAUGCAGUUACCUGUUGCUGUUGGCCACCCUUCUCCCAGAUUUUGUGUAUGAAUAUGUAUAGAGUAUGAAAUGUUUGAAAAUGUAUAGUGAAGGACUUCAUGCUUUUAUUA